UGCGUUUUGCCGGAUGCAUAAGCUGCCGAUUAGAUCCACCGUCGACAAAUAUUAAUACCACUACUACGUGGUACAAUCUCGUACCCCCAUCAUAUCAAGUAUUUUUAGAUGUUAGUUCCAGAUAAAAGCUGUUACCUCCUCCAUCAUACAUUCACAACAAAUUUAACAAAGGCCAGAGCAGAGCAUCGGAUUUAGUUACUUCUCCCUCUCAUCAGUAGUAUUUAAGGAUCUUCUCCGUAUAUUUCUCCUUUCAUCUCUCUGUGUCUGCGAUUCUAGACACAGAAGAAUACAAGAAGAAGAAGAAGAAGAUGAAUACAACAAGUUAUGGGUUUGUUUAUAUUAGUUUGUUAUUAUUGUUAACAUUCACACCAUUGAGAAUUCAUGCAUCAGAAACGAAAGAUGAUCUAGUGGAGCUGACUCUGGUUCAAAAUGCUACAACUCUAGGAGCUGUUUGUUUGGAUGGGAGUCCACCUGGUUAUCAUCUAGACAGAGGAUACGGUUCCGGAGCAAAUAACUGGCUUUUAGUCUUUGAGGGAGGCGGUUGGUGUCAUACUACUGCGGAAUGUGUGAAAAGAGCAAAAGAGAAAAGAGGGUCGAGUACUCAUAUGGAAAAAUGGAAGCAUUUCUAUGGCAUCAUGAGCAAGAACGCAUCCUUGAAUCCUGAUUUUUAUAAUUGGAAUCGAAUUAAGAUUAGAUAUUGCGAUGGAGGCUCAUUUUCCGGGGACUCUAUGUAUCAAAAUGAAACAGUAAAGCUAUACUUUAGGGGCCAGAGGAUUUGGAAGGCAAUCAUUGAUGAUCUUCUUCCCAAGGGUUUGAAUGUUACAGAAAAGGCCCUGCUCUCAGGUUGUUCUGCUGGUGGUCUCGCAACUUUCUUGCACUGUGAUAACUUCACUAGCUAUUUACCCAAGACUGCCACUGUAAAAUGCAUGAGUGACGCUGGGGUUUUCCUUGAUAUAAAAGACAUUAGUUUGAAUUACACAGCAAGGCAUUAUUUCGAAAAAGUUGUUGCUCUACAGGGUGCACAACAAUUUCUGAAUGAAAACUGUACUAGUUCACUUCAUGACUAUCCAUAUCAGUGCUUCUUUCCACAAUAUGCUUUGCCUUACGUUAAAGCACCAUACUUCAUCUUAAAUUCGGCUUAUGAUACUUACCAAAUUGGUCAUCAUCUCGUUCCACCUUCCACUGAUCCGAGCAAAGAUUGGGAGCAAUGUAAAAACAAGACUAAAACGUGUGAUGAAGAUCAGCUUAAAACAUUACAAGGUUUUAGAUAUGAAAUGAUUAACGCUUUGUCAGACUUUAACGAUUUCUCCGAAACGGGAGGGAUGUUCAUAAAUUCAUGUUUCGCUCACUGUCAAGCUGAGUCCGACGGAACAUGGUUUGCUCCGGAUUCCCCAAGAAUUCACGAUAAGACGAUAGCAGAGUCAGUUGGUGAUUGGUAUUUUGAGAGAACACCAUCAAAGUUGCUUGACAAACCAUAUCCUUUAGGUAGUAGGUGCCGCAACAUUACAGAUUAAAGGGUACUGAUAUACUGACAAAGACCUCUGAUGAAGUUGAUUCUCGUUUCUUCGGGUGUGAAUUCAUUAGUCUCGAUAUCAGUAUUUUCAUUAAUUAAUGAAUAUAAAGAAAUUUUUUUUGGGGCGAAGUUUAGUUCAACACAUUAAGAUUUCUUCUCACAUGCCAAAAGAAAGUAAAUGUAAAACGGUUGAGGUGGAUUACUCGACAGCAACAGUCAUCAUCAUUCAUGCAUCAAUGUUUUGUUUAUACAAAAUAUUUUUUUCUUCUUACAAAGUUACAUUGUCUUCUUUGAUGCCAUUAUUAUAUAAUAUCCGCACUGCUUUGAAGUUUCGGCGCU